AUGAAGAUGAGAGGCAAGAAACGUCUUCCAGAAGAGCGGACAUCCAACGUGGCAGGCCCAUUGCCACCUUGUCGGGUCUGCGGAGAUCAAGCAGCAGGCUUCCACUACGGGGUCAACACAUGUGAAGCCUGCAAAGGUUUUUUCCGCCGUAGCCUUGUGCGCGAUGGCCAGUAUGAGUGUAUUGGGACAGGUAAAUGUCUCAUUGAUGCCAGUAGAAGAAAAAGUUGCCCCAAAUGCCGCUAUUUGAAAUGUUUGUCUGUCGGCAUGUCAAAAGAUGCCAUCAAGACAGGCCGCUACACAUAUCUAAAGAGAACGCAGGAUACAUUAGAAUUGAAAAGGUUGGAAGAAUCAAAACAACAAGAACAGUCAGAUAUUGACAGAGAGAAAGAAUAUAUGUCUGAAGCUUCUGAAGAAUCAGUUUCAUACUCUAUGCCGAUGGGAAUUCUAGAAUAUGAGAAGAAAAGAGAUCUUAGAAGAAGCUGUCCCAGCGAACAUGCAACAUUUGCUGCAUAUUUAAAUAACAGCCCAGUUUCCAGAUCAUCAUCACCUUGUGUUCCUAAUAAUGCACAGCCAUUGACUAAACUUAUGCCAGCAUUAUCUGCGGAACUUAUGUCUUCAUUACCUGGCUUAUCACAAAACAACGUAACAAGGAAGGUGGACAAUGAAGAACUAAAAGCUGCAGUUUUACCUGGAGGCAAGAUGUGUCAUGCCACUGAAAAAUACUUCAGUCAUAAUUCAGUGAUGCCUGAUUUAAAAGUGAACAGUCCAUUAAAUUCAGCAUUACUGUCUCCUCUCUCCUUGGGGGAAUGCAAUGAUUUCUCACCGGGAUCUCAAAAGAGUUACCAUCAAAGAGAUCCUUGCUCAGUGAAGAUAUUUUCACCUCCUAUAGAAAUGCCUUCAGAGGUCAGCAAUACACCUCUGCCCUCACCAGCAUCUUUACCUUUAUCUCAGCAGGAUCACACACACACAGCUUCAAAUAACUGGCUAACUUACAGUGAAACAGAGCUUGAUAUUUUCAUUGCUGAUAUUGUUUCCAGUCAUAAAAUAAACGUUGAGGACUCAAAUGGCAUUAGUGAUGAGGUUCUUCAUGAGAAAGUGAAGGAGUGUAAAGAAAGAUGCUCCUUGCAAACAGAAAUCUUUGGUCACAUGGGACCUAUCAAGAGGGAUGUGCAUGACCAGAUUUACAUAUCAACUGGACUGGAUGUAGAUGGCCGCCUUGAUGACCUCAGUUAUGCAGCCGAAAAAAUGGAUAUUUACAUUCGGCAGAUGAUUGCAUUCAUGAAAUUGAUCCCUGGAUUCAGAUCGUUACUUUUAUCUGAUCAAACAGCUUUAGUUAAAGCCAGCAUCUAUGAUAUUUUUUUGCUGGGCUACUUCCGAGGCUAUAUCAAAGAGGAAAGUAUGAUUGUAGAGCCCUCAAUAUCUUACUGCAAACACCAGAUGGAGACUUUUCAUUCUGAAGAGCAUCUAGAUCAAAUAUUCCAUAUAUCUCAGAAACUGCAGAAUCUUCAUUUGACGUUUGAAAUGAUUGUUGUUCUCAAGGCUCUUUGUAUCUUCAUGCCAGACAGAGCACAACUGGAUGAACCAGACUGUAUAGAACAACUGCACUUUAAGACAGCUCAAUGUUUGUUACUGUUGCUAAAAAGACAUUACCCUGACAACAGUGGCAUUAUAUUUAGCAGGAUAAUUUCAUUGCUGACACUGUCACGAAAUAAUGAAGAAGACUGCAGAAAGUUUAUCAUGACAGACAUGUUCACAGGAACAUACAAAGAAAGAUUUCAUAGUGUGCCAAUCCUUUUUGAACUUUUUAAUGCCAUAUAG